AUGACGCAACUACAGAUGCUGGUUGUGGGCGUCCUUUUGGCAACGGCUGCGGUAUCGGCAACACCACGCAAACACUACAAACGAGAUGCGCCGCUGAGCUCAUCCUACCUUCCGCCGUCCAGCGGUGGCUUCGGUAAACCUUCCUCGUCAUACGGUGCGCCAAGACCCUCCAGCAGCUAUGGUCCUCCCAAACCAAGCUAUGGACCUCCAAAACAAAGCUAUGGACCUCCAAAACCAAGCUACGGACCACCAUCUCGCCCGUCUCCAUCUUAUGGACCCCCGAAACCAACUUACGGAGCUCCAGCUAGGCCUCCAUCUACUAGUUACGGUGUGCCUACGGGACCAUCCUCGAUAUACGGAGCUCCUAAACCAUCCAGCACUUAUGGGGCACCUUCAUCUGGUUUCUCUAGUUCCUCAGGAUCAUUCUCUGGCUCCUCAUCUAGUUCAUUUUCUGGAUCAUCAUUUGCUGCCCCUUCAAGCUCUUAUGGAACUCCAUCCAGUUCUUAUGGCGCACCUUCCAGCUCUUACGGUGCUCCAGCCGCCCCUUCCAGCUCUUACGGUGCGCGCCUUCAACAUCUUAUGGAACACCAAUUGAUUCAUAUGGCGCACCCGCACCAUCAUCAUCUUACGGCGCCCCAUCUGGAGGCUUUGGAUCUAGCCACAGCUCAAGCAACUCUGGGCAUGGUAGCAGUUUCGGUUCUGGUCAUGGAAGCAGCUUUGGCUCUAGCCACGGAAGUAGCGACUUUAGCAGCUCUGGUUUUGGAAGCAGUGGUUUCGGAUCUAGUGGAUCCAGUGGACUAUCAUCAAGCUACGGCGCACCAGCUGCACCUUCUAGUAGCUAUGGAACCCCAUCAAGCUCGUGGAUUUUCUGGGAUUUCCGGUGGAUCCAGUUAUUCUUCAGGUAGUUCCGGCGGCCAUAGCUCUGGUGGUUCAGGUGGUUACUCGUCCGGAGGUGGUUAUUCAUCAGGUGGUUCUGGCAGCCAUAGCUCUGGUGGUUCAGGUGGUUACUCGUCCGGAGGCGGUUAUUCAUCAGGUGGAUCUAGCGGUAUCCCCGCUACCAUCAACCAAAGCUACGAUUCCAACGGCGGCUAUGUUUACUAA